UUAAGACAAGUUGGUCAAACUUGUCACCGUUUGUAAUUACGAGACUUAUGAGACUUUUUUGUGACCGUAAGUUAAAUCUUCCGCCAAGAACACGAAUAGCCACACUUGUGCUUAAUCUUGGCGAUCUCUUUGUCCGGCGACCAUCUUAAAAACAAGCUGUUAAGGAAUCUGCUCGUGGGAUAUGCCGUAUCUGGUUCGUGAGCAUCUAUUCAUUGGCAACAUAGGCGAUGCAGCAGAGGUUCUUCAGCAUGGUAGUGAUGAAAUUACACAUAUCUUGUCCGUACUUAGCUCAGCUUCAAUCUCCUUUUUCUCAGAAUGGCGUUCUGGGCUUUCAAUACCAACCAAAGAGAUCCGGAAGGUAUAUGUUGGGGAUUCGGGAAAUGCAGAUGCUAUAACUGAUGAGACUAAGAGCUCAUCAGCACCUAAGAAACUCCUGUACUCGCUAGAGUAUGCAGGGAAAGAUUUGAAGUUUAUAAGGAUGGCUGCGCCCUUGAGAGACAUGGAGAACGAGAAUUUGCUGGAUUCUUUAGAUGUUUGUUUGGAUUUUAUCGAAGAAAGUAGAAAAGAGGGGUCUGUAUUGGUGCAUUGCUUUGCUGGUGUAUCAAGAAGAAUGGUGGAAGAUGCUUCCUUAAGCUUGGCCUAUGCUCUGAUGGAGGGCAAACAGCCUAGGUCUUCUUGUGCAGCCAUCAUUGCAGCUUACCUGAUGAAAACUGAACAACUAUCCCAAGCAGAUGCGAUUGAAUCCCUGCGUCAAAGCUGUGAAUUUGUCUGCCCAAAUGAUGGUUUCCUAGAUCAGUUGAAAAUGUUUGAAGAGAUGGGUUUCAAAGUAGAUCAUGCAAGCACUGUUUACAAACGCUUCCACCUAAAAGUCCUAGGUGAUUGUUAUAAUCGUGGAGAAAGAAUAGACACCUCUAAAUUUGGGGCUGAUCCAGGCUUGCCAACAGAAAACAUUUCCUCAGAUGUGGAUGUAUCCUUGACUAAGGGAACAACUCCUGCUCGAGCUUACCGAUGCAAGAAAUGCCGGAGAGUUGUGGCGCUGCAGGGGAAUGUUGUCGAUCAUGUUCCAGGAGAGGGUGAGACAGCAUUUGAGUGGCAUAAAAGGAGAAGUGGCAAUCCUUUCAACAAACCAGAUGACCAGUGUUCAUCUGUCUUUGUUGAGCCGUUAAGAUGGAUGAGGACAGUUGAAGAAGGUGCUUUGGAGGGCAAGCUUUUAUGUGCGCAUUGUGAAGCUCGAUUGGGUUACUUCAAUUGGUCAGGCAUUCAGUGCAGUUGCGGAACCUGGAUUACACCUGCCUUUCAACUCCAUAAAAGCCGAGUGGACAUCAGCAGCAUGUGAAAUUUUAUGAUAGGGAAAGCUCCUAAGUAAAUCGAGACAUUAAGAAGGUUCUGGCAUUUUCACCCCGUCACACACCUGGUAUUACUGGAAAUUCUAAUACAUGGGGAACUUAUUAUACAUUAAAACCAAACUAAUCUGGCUUUAUACAGUUUUGAGAACAUCUGCAAAAAUAAUAUACUAGGGAAAAGAGUCCCUCUUUACAGCUCUUUCAUGAUGACCUGGAUAUAAAUUACUUGGAGGCCUGGGACUAGGCUGUUGUACCUCUUAUAGAAUAUAUAUACUACUCAUAAGCUGUAUAAUCAAGUGAGCGCGUGUACUUGGAGCACUAUCUUGUCCAAUGGAAGGAGUUAUCUGGACGAGUAUAUAAAUUGUGUGCAUCUAUCUGUUUGUCAAUUGUGUUUGGUGGUUCUAAGAGCUCCUCCAUCUUUUACAUCACAUUUAACGCCCCAUAUUGAUAGGUAUGAUCUUUAUAAUACAUUUUGGAUUUAGUUUCUUUUCAUC